GUUAAGAGUGUUACAAUCAACUAUGACUUCCAGCAUAGCGCUCAACAUGUUUUCCUACACGAUAUUGUUGUUACUCACUACAAUACCAACUUCAUUCAGUGCAAUCGUCGAUCCUACUGAAGCCAUUCAUCGCUUCCUGACAUACGAAGAGACUAACGAGUUCUUGCACACAUUAGCAUUGCUAUUCUCGGGCAAGGUGAGCGUUGAAAAAAUCGGAGAAACAGCGUUAGGUCGUGACAUCAAUGUGAUCAACAUCAACUACAACGCGAAAAAGAAAGUCAUCUUGGUAGCGAACCUGCAUGCCCGCGAGUGGGCCGCUAUGUCCUCGGCGCUUUACAUCAUAUCAGAACUGGUCUACAAUGGCGACCAGUAUCCAGAGCUAUCCCAGUUCCGCUGGAUGAUCAUCCCGAUGGCCAAUCCGGACGGCUACGAGUAUACCAGGAUAUACGAUCGCUACUGGAGCAAGAACAGAUCCCCACAGCCUAACUCAAGAACCUUUGGUGUUGAUUUGAACGGUAACUUUGGAUACAAAUGGGAUGAGAAUAAAUACCGAGUGGAUCCUAGCAGUCGGACGUAUAACGGGCCAAGCGCGUUCUCGGAACGAGAAAGCAGUGCAAUCGGCCAGCUUCUUAAUCAGCAUGCCGAUAAUACGAUACUUUACGUAGACAUGCACACUUUCGGGAAUCACAUUUUUUACCCUUGGGGCUACACAACCGAUCAGGCGCCAGAUUCAGGAAAAUCUAGAGCUGUUGCUAUUGUCGGAGCAGAUAUCAUACGGGAGAAGUAUCACGAAUAUUAUACUGUCGGAACUCCCGCUCAUCUCUUCCAACGAACGUAUGGGUCAAGUCUAGACUACUGCCACUCUGUGGGCAUCAAUGUGUGCCUGUGGUUUGAGCUGACAAACGUUGGGUUUCAGAUUAAGGAGAGUGAUAUUGAGCGUUUUGGGCAGGAAGCAUGGGCAGCUAUUACAGCAAUGGCAGUGAGAGCUAACCAGAUUGUUGAUGUCUUCUAUCCCGAAUAAUAACGAAUGUGAUACUUGAACAUGAAAUUACCAUGAAAUCAUCAAUAAGCCCAUACAUACAGAUAGCCUCGAUGAACUGAAAUCAGUAUCAAAAUAAAACUAGUAAUUAAUCUAUCUUGCAACACGAAAAUUGCUCUCGAAAACGGCAUUUGUUAUUGCGUUUUAAACCGGCAGAAUCGU